CAAAUUUAAGGAAAUGUCAUGGGCCCGAGUCAUUCAAACCAGCAUCAGCCGCUCUGCAGAUUGUACUAGUAUCCACCAUUGUCCUAGGUGCCAAAAUGCCCGCCAACGUCUUAGCCGAGAGAGUGAACAACAUCUCCUUCAACGACAAAGAGAAUCAGGAUCAGGUAUUAAAGAAGAAGAUUCAGAAGAAUGGCCCAAAGGUUUCAGCCCCAGUUAAAUCGGCACAAGAAACCAAGGUGGUAGCAUUUGAUAAGGAAGCGGAGCCUCUGCUGCGAGACAAUCCUGGUCGCUUUGUGAUCUUCCCAAUCCAGUUCCAAGAUAUUUUCCAAAUGUACAAAAAGGCUGUGGCUUCUUUCUGGACUGUGGAGGAGGUGGAUUUAUCUAAGGAUUUGGGUGACUGGGACAAACUCAAGGAUGAGGAAAGGCACUUUAUUUCUCAUGUAUUGGCCUUUUUUGCUGCUUCAGACGGAAUAGUAAAUGAAAAUCUUGUAGAGCGAUUUUGCCAGGAGGUUCAAGUACCAGAGGCAAGGUGCUUUUAUGGUUUCCAGAUUGCCAUGGAAAAUAUCCAUAGUGAAAUGUACAGCCUCUUAAUUAACACCUACGUCAGAGACUCCGCUGAGCAGCACAGAUUGUUUAAUGCAAUUGAGACACUUCCCUGUGUAAAAAAGAAGGCAGAUUGGGCUUUGAAAUGGAUUGCAAAUGAAACUGCCACGUAUGCUGAGCGCAUCAUUGCUUUUGCUGCUGUUGAAGGAAUUUUCUUCAGUGGCUCUUUUGCUUCCAUUUUCUGGCUCAAGAAACGUGGAUUAAUGCCAGGUCUCACUUUCAGUAAUGAACUCAUCUCCAGGGAUGAAGGUUUGCACACAGAUUUUGCAUGCCUUAUGUUUAAACAUUUAGUAAAUAAGCCCAGCCAGGAACACAUUCACUCCAUAAUUGAUAAUGCUGUUAAAAUUGAACAAGAGUUCUUAACUGAUGCUCUUCCUGUUAACCUAAUUGGUAUGAAUUGUGUAUUGAUGAGGCAAUAUAUUGAGUUUGUGGCCGAUCGCCUUCUUUUGGAACUAGAAUGUGAUAAGCUGUACAAUGUAGAAAAUCCAUUUGACUUUAUGGAGAAUAUUUCUCUUGAAGGGAAGACGAAUUUCUUUGAAAAGAGAGUAGGGGAGUACCAAAAGUGUGGGGUUAUGUCAGGUAGUGAACAGAGAAGUUUUACGUUGGACGCAGACUUUUAACAAAGAUACUAUACUGUUAUUUUAUAGUAAUGUAACAUUUUUGCAAAGGGUACUUGGUACCGUUAAUAUUGUACAAAAAUAGUCUUAACUUUUGCAUUAUGAAUUGUGAUAGUCUGGGGAUGUACCAGAUGUAUUUUUCAGAGCUUUAUUUUAAGGAAAUAUUUUAAGCAAUAAAAUAUUUAAUUUCAAA